GGUUGAGGUUAUGGUAGAUUGUUGUCUAUAUGGUUUAAGUAAGUCGUUAUUCCUUUCUAUUAACAGGAGUGUCAGUAAAGUGCAUGAUGAGUGGUUUGCCGAUGAGGAAAAGGUUUGCAAGGCUGUUGGCUUUCUGGAAAAACCAGUUGUUGAAUAUCCAAAUGCCACUGAAUUGACUUGUGGGAUUUGUUUUGAAGCCUAUCCUCGUGAUAAGAUUCAUACUGCUGUUUGUGGUCAUCCUUUCUGUGAUACAUGUUGGGGAGGAUAUAUAAGUACGGCCAUUAAUGAUGGUCCUGGCUGUUUGAUGUUGCGAUGCCCUGAUCCAUCUUGUUCUGCUGCUAUCGGUCAAGAUAUGAUUUAUAAACUGGCAUCUGGUGAAGAGAGGGGGAAAUAUUCUCGUUACUUCAUUAGAUCUUAUGUUGAAGACAACAGAAAGACAAAAUGGUGUCCGGCGCCAGGCUGUGAUUAUGCUGUAGACUUUGUUGUUGGCAGUGGAAGUUUUGAUGUUACUUGUCGGUGCUCAUAUAGCUUUUGCUGGAAC